AUGAAAGAAAAAGGAAGGGCGAAAGAAAAAGAAAGGGUGAAAGAAAAAGAAAGGGCGAAAGAAAAAGAAAGAGCGAAAGAAAAAGAAAGGGCGAAAGAAAAAGAACAAGAUGAAAGAAAAAGAAAAGGGCUAAAGAAAAAGAAGAGAAAGAAAAAAAAGACAAGUAUGAAAGAAAAAUAA